CAGUGUGUUUUCUUGCUUAUUGUAAAGUCUACAAUACGUAAAAUGAUCAAUUAAUUUCACCAGGCCAUAACUCACAAUAGCCUUCAUAGACAGUAUAUUAUACAGCUAAUUCAACAGCUAGUCAAUGGUACAAUGAUAUACAAUCUAGACAUGUACCUGUUACAUUAAAGACAUAGUCUACUGAUAAUCUAAAUCUGUCAGAAAUCUUCUUGUCCUGAAAAUUUAUUUCAUAUUUUACAAAAACAGAAUUUUAAGGUUAUACAUCAGUGUACCGAUUCACUGCAUGAAUAUUUAAGUUAAUUGUAGAUAUUCUCACAUAUGAGUACCAAAUUCUUCUUCAGUACUAAAGCCACCAGAGUAUGAAGUUUUUAGUUAAGUACAUUGAUUGUACAGUGAUGUAAAAAAAAAAGUGUUUGCCCCUUCGUGUAUUUUAUUUAUUUCUUUUGUGCAUGUUUGUCAGUCUUUCUUAUGUCUCUUUCUUAUGGUAGAGUCAUGAACACUGACAUUAACUGAGGAAAGUGAGGCCAGCAGUUCUUUGCAUGCUGUUGUGGGGUCUUAUGUGACCUCUUGGAUGAGUUGCCCCUGCCGUAUUAUAUUAUUUAUUAUGCCGAAUAAAACAUACAGGCUUCUGAACAGAUUUAUUUACCACAGAAUGUAAUUGAGGCAUAUUUUUGAAAAGCCUUUUCAUUUUGGCCAUAUAGAAAUUCAGCUUAGAUACUGCACCCAAAAUAUGGGCAUAUGAGGACUACAAAAUGACGCAGGACUGCAGUGGUCUAUUUAUGUGAAAGCAAGCAUGCUGCCCACUCACCCACUGGCACCAGCUAAUCUGCUCUGUUUACUCCUCUUUUUGGAUGGGUGUCUCAAACCCAUAUAGUGUAGGGAAUCUGUUUUCCCUACACUAUAUCAGCAUUGAGAUUCUUAUAGCGCCGUAUGCGGAAGUUCCCUAGAUAGGGAGCUACGAGUUGGUUUGAGACGCGGGUUGAUUCAAAUCCGCUACUCGGUACAUGGGCCCUUUUCACAAAGCUUGAUGACGGGUUUCCUUUAGCAGUGUACCGCAGCUAACGCAGGAAGGACAUCCCGGACUGCAGCAUGGACUUGGGUAGGCUGCUGGAGUGAACGCCCAGUUAGUGGGCAGUAGCAGAGAUGCCGUUCACCACUGACCACUGCACCACCGGGAGGAUGAAGUAAAGGAGCCGUGCCAUGGACGAUGUCCAGUCUAGACCUCACUCUUCCCGCUCUGUCUGUUCUCAGAGAACCGAGGAUGAAGCUCCAGUGGUGGGGAACCAUGCUGAGCAUCACCUCUCGGUCAAUCAGACACUCCAGGUCUCGGUCAAGCGACCCGACAGUCCGAGCACCACCGUAACAGAGGAGAUGGUGUUUAUCCCGCGGGUGGUGCACUCCGUGGAUGCCUGUACCAACACUGACCCGCCUCACAAAUGCUGCGGAUGGCUGCGGCGGCUGUGCCCCUGCCCGCCCCGGGGCCUGCUCGCCUCCAUCAUCACCAAACUGUCUAUGGCUGGAGUGCUGUUUGGGGUGGUUUGGUCCAUUACAGAGAAAGAGUGUUUACCUGGAGGAAACCUGUUCGGCAUCGUCUCAGUGUUUCUCUGCGCUCUUACUGCGGGAAAGCUGGUGGAACUCAUCCGCCUCCCCAACCUUCCACCUGUUCCUCCUCUACUGGGUAUGCUCCUGGCAGGGGUUCUCCUCAGAAACAUCCCAGUGGUGACGGAAGCGGUCUACAUCGACUACAGGUGGUCGGCCUCCCUGAGGAACAUCGCCCUGGCUGUUAUCCUGGUCAGAGCUGGACUGGGGCUGGAUGCCGCGGCCCUUAAGAAACUGAAAGCAGUGUGUGCACGUGUGGCCAUAAUGCCCUGCCUCAUAGAAGCUUCCACCGUGGCACUGAUAUCCUACUGCCUCAUGGGCCUCCCCUGGAUCUGGGGCUUCAUACUGGGGUUUGUUCUUGGAGCUGUAUCUCCUGCAGUGCUGGUUCCAUCCAUGCUGCUGCUACAGAAGCAAGGCUAUGGAGCAGAGCAGGGCAUUCCCUCAUUGCUGAUGGCAGCCUGCAGCUUUGAUGAUAUUCUGGCCAUCACAGGCUUCACCACCUGUCUGGGCAUCGCUUUCGCUACAGGCUCCACAUGGUUCAACGUCCUUCGAGGGGGUUUGGAGGUCUUGGGAGGGAUGGCUGCUGGUGUGGCUUUUGGUUUCUUUCUUCGUUAUUUUCCCAGCAGAGACCAGAAAGACCUGCCUCUGAAGCGCUCGUUCCUGCUGCUGGGUCUGGCAGUGUUUGCUGUGUUUGGCAGUAACGUGGCGGGGUUCCCGGGCUCAGGAGGACUCUGUACACUGAUACUGGCCCUCAUCGCUGGAAUGGGGUGGAGAAAAGCCAAGGUUCCUGUAGAGGAGAUUGUGGGCCAGGUGUGGGAUGUAUUCCAGCCUCUUCUGUUUGGGCUCAUUGGAGCUGAGAUCACCAUCAGUACUCUGGACCCAAACUCAGUGGGCCUGGGAAUAGCAACCCUCCUUAUCUGCAUUACUGUACGAGUCUUCGUCACCUUCGUCAUGGUGCUGUGCGCUGGAUUUAACAAGAAAGAGAAGCUGUUUAUCUCUCUGGCCUGGUUACCUAAAGCCACCGUUCAGGCUGCCAUCGGUUCGACAGCUCUGGACGUGGCGCGCUCAAAGCAGGACAGUCAGAUGCAGAAGUAUGGAAUGGAUGUGCUGACCGUGGCUGUGGUGGCCAUCCUCAUAACAGCCCCUAUUGGAGCUUUAAUCAUUGGCCUGUGUGGACCACGCCUUCUGCAGAAACCAAAGAAUCCUGAGUGGGCUGUAAGUCAAAGUGCGCUGUCGGGGUCAGACACACCAGUCACCUAUGAGAGUGCAAUCUGAGGCUGUUCCAGGUCAUUAAAGUGAUCACCAACCUUCCUGCUGGCUCUGUGGCACUUCCCAGGGAUUUCCUAGGGGUUUUCCAGGACUGUCAUUGGCUGGUUCCCACUGUGGUUGGGGGAUUCACCAGUGUAUUUUUGGACACUGUACUGGUGCACUGGAGCAGUCUUAUCACUGUCCUUCAACCCAACACCUCAAUCACCUCAACCCCCCCAACAACUGCUGGGAGACUUCUGAACACUGAAUCAAAAAGUUACCAGUACCAAAGACACUACCUGAAUCAAAGUGGACACACCUGAUUCAGAUUCAGAUCAGUCUGGAUUCUAAAUGGACCUUUUUUUUUUUACUUUGUUGGUUUUUCAUCAUCUUCCAUCAAAUUGUCAUGACCUUGAUGCCUCUGAAACAUCUGUGAUAUUGUCCUGGUUCACGUCACACUAAAGUUUUUUUAAACAGAUUAUCUGUAGGCAUGCACUAAAAUGGAAAAUGAAUACCAAAUACCAGAAAAUAUUCAGAAAAACAUCAAACAGAGUCGAUCAGGAAAAGCACACCAUGUCUACGCCAACUCGUGAAGUCAUGGCCUUGCUCACUUCGGCUCGCGACCGCCCACACACAGCAGAGCUGAAGCUGACACGUCGUCAUCAGACAGGAGCUGACAGCACCAGGAACAGCAUGGCAGUUGGUUCCUGUGUUAUUUGUGCGAAUAACAAAUCAGUGUUAUAUGCUCUGGCCAGUAAUUAAGAUCUUAUGAACAAAUGGUUAGAAUUUGUCUAUGGAGGAAAAACACCACCAGCAAAGUACAAUUGAGAUAGGUAGGUGUGUAUUUUUAGAACAGUUCUGUUUACACUAGUUAAAAGUAAAAUUGACCCCUAAGCGUUUUACAGAGACUCGAAGACUAGGUCAGCGGCUGAACAGCACACUCCUCCACCGAAUUAAAGCAGUGUUAUACUGGAUCACCGGAGCACUUUUUUUUUUUU